GACAAUUCUGUAGUAGGAAGUCAAGGUCUCGUCCUCCCCGGAUCUGUCCUUGAAGAAGACGUCAUUCUUGGAGCACUUUCAGUCGCUCCCACUGACACGGUCCUUCAGGGAGGCGGUGUAUACGUUGGCGCCCCAUCUUCUGUCAUGGUGAAGAACACUCAACAUUUAUUCAAUGACAGAAUCGAAGAAAUGGACAUGAAAUACAGGAAGGUACUCGGGAAUCUAGCAGCAAGUCUGGCCGGCUCGACCCUCAAGCUUCGGGCAAGAUACUUCCACCGAAUCGGCGCAGCUGGUAAGGGAUGCCUGAAGCUUUACGAUCACAUACCAGGUUUCCCGGAUCAUAAGAUCUUUUCCCCCGGGAAGAGUUAUUCUGUCAUGAUCCGACACAGCAACUGCUUGAGCUCGGAUGACGACGCUCGCCUUGAUCCACGUGGUGCGGCAAUAAGAAUCAUUUCAGGCAACAGUGAUGAGAAAUCGCCUCUGCUUGAUUUGACAUUGAAAACGGGCAAUGCAUUUCACGCGCGUUCCAUAGGUGACUUCACUGCCUGGCUUGCGUGUGGCGACGCAGCGCGAGAAGAGCAAGUGAAGCACGCCCCACACAUUCGGGAUGCAAUGUGGAGCUCUUUACGGCGAGCAGACUCUUACGCCGAGCUUCAUUACUACUCAAAUAUUUGCAGGCUGUUCAGAUUCUCCGAUGGCCAGGAAAUGUAUGUCAAAUUCAAGUUGAGACCAUUUGAUAAGAAGUUCAAUGAGGAUACCGGGAAGGUAGAGCCGAGGGGUAUACUUCCACCGGAAACUGGCGCAAUCCCAAGAGAUGAGAGCGACACACGUCCUCUGCGUUUCCUGGCUGAUGAUUUUCAGCGGCGGGUGUAUUCUCCAGACAGAGUUCGCUAUGUCCUUCAGCUGCAAACACAACCUGUCCCAGAAGAUGAAACAACGCGUGAGAUUGUGCUCGACUGUACCAAACCAUGGGAUGAAGCAGAGUUUCCACAUUUUGAUAUAGGCGAGAUAACAAUCGAUCAGCUGCUUACCGAGGAGGAAUCAGAAGGUUUGGAGUUUAAUCCGUUUCUUCGAUGCCCAGAAGUUGAUGUCAUCCGGGCUUCUUCCUGCAACCAGAGUGCAUCCUUGGAUCAUGGCAGAUCGGUGGUAUAUGAAAUAUGCCAGCAUAUGCGAAACAGAAAGCCACUUCCAGAGGCCUGGAGGACAUUCUUGGACCAAUCGGAUGUCAAAGUUGACCUCUCAGGUUGUCCGAUGGCAGCUAAACUGGAGACGAAUAAUGCAGCCAAAGAGGUGACUCUGGCAAGGCCAUGGAAUGUAACAAUCUGGUUGACGACUGCUCAACCGUUUCUACAGAUCUUCAUGCCUUACUUCCUGAUGGGACUGGCGAUCUUCGCGCCGAUGAACUUCAUCAUUUACCUGAAUAACAACAGCAGCAACAAAACACAGUUAUAUUACCUGCUGCCCGUCUUCUGGCUUUGCUCCGGCAUCCUCGCAUCCCUCCUCUGCGCUUCGAGUAAGUGGAUUCUGGUGGGGAAGAAGAUAGAUGGAACAACUGAGCCAAUUUGGAGUGUAGGAAUAUUCAUGGACACAAUGUGGCAGGCGAUACGUACACUGGUCGAGGAUUACUUUGUCGAAAUGAUGGGCGGAUCAUUUCUCUUCUACAUAUGGAUGAAGCUAAUGGGAUCAAAAGUUUCCUGGGACAGAGGGGUGUAUGUCGACACCAUGGGAGCUGUGCUAAACCCUGACCUGAUAGAGAUACAAGAGUAUGCAUCAGUCGAGAGAGAAGCUCUGCUCUUCGGACACAUAUAUGAGGGUGAAGACGGUAAAGUUAAGUAUGGAAAGAUUACUGUCGGGAAAUCUGGAUUCGUAGGAAGCCGGGCUGUUGCCAUGCCUCGAGUGACCGUAGCUUCCGAAGGCAGCCUGACUGCACUGUCCCUGGCAAUGAAAGAAGAGUUUGUCAAUUAGUUUCCAUGUAAAGUGUAGGAAACAUAUAGAAGUACAACAUAUGAACAAAAAGCAUAUCUUUUGUAUUGUUCGGAAGAUCUUUAUUAUCUGAAAUUUAGCAAAGUA